GCGGUCAGUGAACGCAGCAGCAGCAGCGGCGGUAACAGCAGCAGUUAAACUGAGUUUACAUUUACACUCCAGCAGAGAGAGCAGCACAGACAGUCAAAAUGAGGGAGAUUAGUUUGUCCCGGAUUGUUCUCAUUCUCCUAUGUGCCGUUUGUUUUGUUGUCGUCCUAAUUAUUAACGCUUUGGCCGGAGCAGGCAAAGGAUUCUUCCAUUCCUCUACUGGUAACGUGUCGGGACGCUAUGAGACGGGCAUCACUCCGGCAGGCUGGACCUUCUCUAUCUGGGGUGUCAUCUACACAUGGCUCACCCUGAUGGUCAUAUACAUCACCUCGUAUGCCUUCAGAGGCUCCUGGGCUCAGUAUCUGCUCCCCUGCGCCUUCUAUUUCUGCUGGCUGUCCAGUAUGGUGAUGAACGUGGCGUGGCUGGUGCUGUGGGACCAAGAGUUCAUGCUGGCAGCGCUGGUUGUUUUAAUCCUGUUGGUGAUCUCCAACUACAGCGCUCUGUUCUUCUGCUGCUUUGCCACAGAUUACUACGGAAUAUGGUUGAAAACGUACCAUUGCAAAGACCUGGCGUGUCUCUACAUACUGGCCCAGAAUGGUCUGGCUGUGUACACCACAUGGACGUCCAUUGCCUCGCUGAUUAACUUCUCACUGGUUCUCCAAUUGUGGGGCGUGGACAAGACCACAGCGGCCACCGCGUCUCUGUGCAUCCUGCUUGGAUUCGUGAUCGUAUGGUUUAUCCUCGAGAACUGGGUGUUGGACCGCUGGGUGCGUAAUAUCCUGACCAUCUAUGCCGUGGUGAUCGUGGCGCUCGUCGGAAACGUCUACAAACACUACAACCCGGCCGACCCCACUCCGAACUCUAUUUUCAUGGUCGUGCUGCUGGUGGUGGCGUGCAUCCUGCUGGUGUCACGGGUCUUCACGGUCAUCUGGAGGAACAAGUGGCGUCCGCUCCACUCUCCGGGCUCAGCGCGGCUCAUGGUGUCGCCUCUGGACAGCAGGAAGUUCCGUCUCUUCACCUGAAACCCAGCAGCAAGUGUGACGGUGCCAAAAACUCCAGAGUUCUUUUUACACAUUAAACACAUUUUACUUUGAAGUUUACUUAUAAUCUACUAUGUUCAUGACUUACAUGAAUAUCGUUGAAGUAUAAAGUACUUUGUGCUCAGUUAUCAAUUUUAUAUCUUGCUAUUUUAAGCGAAUUUUCUGUUUUUGCGUUUAGACACAGUGGCUUUUUGCUGUUUAUUUAGUCACAGCCCAGCACUUUUACAUUUAAAACACUUACUGAAGGACAAAAAACUAGAAGAAGUAGCAGUACUUGGUGCUCAAUAAUCUCAUCUAAGUGUUGCUGCGUUUUAUUAUGCUCGUUUAUUUUUUAUCUGCACAGUGGUUAUGAAUAUACUUGGUAUAAUUUGAAGAAUGUGCCUUGAAUUCCUUUUAUUCUGAUAAUUAAAGUUCUGUAUGUCUAACCCAGUCUAUUUUAACAUUUCCCCCCCACACACCUUUAAAAAGCCUUGCUUCACUUCAUAAAUCAGAGAAACAAAAUAACCUUUCACAUCUUUUUACUUUUACCCAAGAAAAUCCCCUCAUCUCAGGCAGCUAUUGUAUUUCCUGUCCUCAUGCAUGAGGUGCUAAAAUGUGCAGCUGGAGUCAUUUUCUGAGGUUUUGGCAGUGUGUUAAGAAUUAAUCUGGAACACAAACAUGAGUUUUAGCAACACUUUACUUCCCGUUAUUCACAUUGAGUGUCAUUAGUUUAAUUUUUUCCCCUUUUUUAUAUCGGUUUAUUUAAUUUUUAUUCAUUCCGAGUUGAAGAAAUACUCCUAUAGUCAAUUAGUUAGUUGGUCUGUGCUAGUUUGAUUUAAAUAAGAUAUAUAAAGAAAUAAAAAAGACAGAAAAAGGGGGGAGAUUCUCUGUCAACAGCUGCUCGUUUGUUUACAACAAGAUUUUCUUUCCGAGUUCAGUUCAGCACAUUAUUUAUUACUGUGCCACGUGAGAACAUGCUCUAAAUGUGAGCUCUAACAUCACGUGUAAUGUACUAAAAUUAAUUUUCAGAUUUAUAUUUGGUUUGUCACUGAAGGUGAAGUAGUGAGUGUUACUGGGCUUACUUUGGAUUUUUGCAUUGUUUUUCUGCCCCCCUGUGGUCAUAACUUCUUGCUGCAGGCUUUAUAACAUUUACAUUUUCUGAGAUUAUUACUAUACACACAGUUAAGUCCCAACAACCUGGUGCUUUUGUUCGUUUGUCACUGCACUUAUUUGGCCAUGAUAAGGAUGAAUUGAACCAAAAUAAAAGAUUCAACAUA